CAGGCAGCUGACAGGACCCAGGGAUUCCCAGAGUGAGCAGUGGCAUGGCCAUGGAUUCAGUGGAACUGUUCCUCGUCUCUGUGGGAGUCUUGGUCACCCUGUUCUAUGCAAUGAAGCUCGUAGGCUUGCUCAAGAUGCUUUUCCCCAAGACUUGGUACCCACUGCCCAAGUCCUUCUUCACUUCUCUGGGGGAGUGGGCAGUGAUCACCGGGGGAUCGGACGGGAUUGGAAAGGCAUAUGCCUUGGAGCUGGCUAAGCGCGGCCUGGAUGUCGUCAUCAUCAGCAGGUCUGUGGAGAAGCUCGAGAGGGCCGCAAAGGAGAUAGGAGAUUCUACAGGGCGGAAGGUAAAAGUCAUGACAGCCGAUUUCACAGAGGAUGAUAUAUAUGAGCACAUAGAGCGGAGCCUCCGGGGUUUAAAUGUUGCCGUUUUAGUUAAUAAUGUGGGGGUUCUCCCUUGCCACACACCCUGCAGGUUCCUGGACACAAAGGACCUGGAGCAGAAAAUAACGAAGCUGAUCAACUGCAACGUGAAAGGGCUAGUGAAGAUGUGCAAGAUAGUAUUGCCUGGAAUGGAGAAAAGGGGGAAGGGACUCAUCCUCAACAUAUCGUCAGGUGUAGCAUACAUUCCCUGUCCACUCUACACUAUGUAUGGAGCAACCAAGGCAAGCCCCCCUUGAUGUCCACACAUUUCAGGGUAGUUAUGGGUAAGGGAGCCUUCAUGAACCCUGUAAUGAGUGGGACUCUAUAACAUGCUGUUAGUUACUGUCCUGAAACAAUCAAAUCACCAAUGAAAAUGAUAAUGCUUUAUAGCAAAACUCUGUGAUUGGUUAAAAAUCACUUUGACUGCUUUAGAGUCCACCCAGUUUGGAGUUCAGAAAGCUUCACCCACCUGUUGCUAGUGUAUACUGGUAUCUAUCUUUAUCAAUAAACCUCCUUAGA